AUGACCGAUUCACCCCCGCCGCACGAGAAAGCGUCCCCCUCCGACGUUCGAGAAUCGUCUCUCGACGCUGUCGCCGUCGCUGAGAAUGCCGACCAGCUCCACCGCCGUCUUUCCAACCGCCAGAUCCAAUGGAUAGCCAUCGGCGGCUCCAUUGGCACCGCGCUGUUCGUCAGCAUCGGAUACGGUCUGAUUGAGGGAGGUCCGGGCAGUCUGUUCAUCGCUUUCACGCUGUACAGCUGCAUGAUGGGCUUGGUCAACAGUUGCCUCGCUGAAAUGGUCAUCUUCAUGCCUGUCAGCGGCUCAUGGAUGCGCAUGGCCUCUAAAUGGGUCGAUGAGGCUCUUGGUUUUACCGCUGGCUGGAAUUUUUAUUUAUACGAGGCGAUCUUGAUCCCUUUCGAAAUCUCGGCUCUCAACCUGGUUCUCGGUUACUGGAGUGACAAAAUUCCACUCGCCGCCAUCUGCGCUGCGUGUAUCGUCCUCUAUGCGAUCAUCAACUUGUUCGCUGUGCGCUGGUACGGCGAGGCCGAGUUCUGGCUCUCGUCGGGCAAGCUGCUCUUGAUCUUCAUGAUGUUUGCCUUCACGUUUAUUACCAUGGUUGGCGGCAAUCCUCAGCGUGAUGCCUACGGCUUUCGGUACUGGCGAACUCCGGGUUCGUUCGCCGAAUACGUCACUACCGGCACUCUGGGUCGCUUCGAGGGCUUCCUUGGCGCUUUUUACCAAGCUUCGUUCACCAUCGUCGGGCCAGAGUAUAUCGGCAUGGUCUCUGGUGAAGCCAUAUACCCACGCAAGACGAUCAAGCAAGCCUUCAAGACCGUCUACUGGCGAUUCGGCUGCUUCUUCAUUCUCGGUGCCCUUUGUGUUGGCAUUGUUCUGCCCUACGACGAUCCCAAACUCAACGCCCUUCUGGGAGAAGGUGCAACUGGAGACGCCGGUGCCAGUCCAUAUGUCAUUGCUAUGCAGAACAUGGGCAUAACCGUGCUUCCGGACAUUACCAAUGCCUUGCUUGUGACGAGUAUCUUCUCUGCGGGGAACUCAUACGUGUAUGCCGCGACGAGAUCGUUGUACGCGCUCGCUCUCGACGGACAUGCACCAAAGUUUCUCAGGAAGGUCAACCGCCAAGGAAUUCCCAUCUGGUCCUUUGCAGUCACCAUGAUCUUCCCCUUCCUGUCGUUCCUGUCUGUGGGCGCGAGUGCCUCAGAAGGCCUCAAGUGGCUGGCCAAUCUGACACAAGCCGCUCAAGUGAUGAACUACAUCAUCAUGUGCACCGUUUAUCUCUUCUUCUAUCGCGCCCUCAAGGUCCAAGGCUACGACCGUAACACCCUUCCUUAUAAGGGCUGGUACCAACCCUACACGGCCUAUCUCGGAUUGCUUUUCAUGAUUUUGACCGUUUCUACUUAUGGCUAUACCGUCUUCCUUCCAGGAUGGUGGAACACCGGCACCUUCUUUACCUACUACGCCAUGGUUUUCGUGUGCAUUAUACUGUUCGCUGCGUAUAAGGUGAUCAAACGGUCCAAGAUUGUUCGUCCGCAGGAUGCCGACUUGGUCUGGGAAAGGCCAAUUAUCGAUGCCUACGAGGCGUCAAUUGACCCUCCUCUCGGAAUUUGGGAAGAUAUUGGUAGAUCAGUUGGAUUGAAGAGGAAGAUUGGAAGCUCUGAGGAUUGA